GCGGCUCCGCGUGCUAUAAUUCAAGCGGGAACACUUCCUACUCCACGACGGCACGACCUGCUAUGCGGGCAAGAAAGCCGCGCUUCAAUUUCUAACGACCAAAACUGUCGAUUGAGCACAGUGCGCGGAAUCGCGAAGCGUUAAUCUUAAUUAUUGCGCGUGGCCAUUGGGGAGCGCACACUCGAAAAUCGAACAGCAACCGGAUAUUAACAGAAGCCGUGGGUAUCGUUUAUUUACCAAGCAGAUGGAAGCGCAUCCGAAUUCUCUUUAAAUUGCAAAAUAACUUCUGUGGAUGGAAGGGAGAAAAAAACUGCACGACUCUUUAACACCGGUAGAGAGCACUCCGUUCCUCAUAUAUUGGAUUUUUUCCCAGAGGCGGCGAGCUGUUUCCUCAGCACCUCGGAAACAUAGUAAAUUGUCAGUCUCAAGGACACCAGCAAAUCUCCGGUCUUGGUUGUGACAAAAACCAUUGGAGCUCACUUUCUUCUCUGCCUCAAGACGAAAUCUGAAGCAUAAAGACUCAUUUUGUGAGCCCAUUUUUGGAUUUUAAGACGACCUGAAGUGCAUCUACAGUACAAUACAUACUGACAUGGAAUUAUGGAUAAAGUUGAUGCUGUUGUGCAGUUGCUGUUUCGGAUCAAGUGCGGACUUUGACGGCGGGUGGCCCAGACAGACGGGCUCCUCCAACGGACUGUGCCGCUACGGAACCAGAAUCGACUGCUGCUGGGGCUGGACCCGGCGGUCCUGGGGAAGCUGCGAGCCAUCCUUCAUCAUAAGGCACAGAGUAGUCGGGAUAAGGUGCCGGCCCCAAGCUGUCUGCCAGUAUGGCUGUAAGCACGGAGAGUGCAUUGGACCGGACAAAUGCAAGUGCUACCCAGGAUUCACUGGGAAGACCUGCAAUCAAGAUCUGAACGAGUGCGGACUGAAGCCACGCCCCUGCAAACACAGGUGCAUGAACACCUUCGGAAGCUACAAGUGCUACUGCCUCAACGGGUACAUGCUGAUGCCCGACGGGACGUGUGGAAACACCCGGACCUGCGCCAUGGCAAACUGCCAGUACGGGUGCCAGGUGAUGAAGGGCGAGGUGCGGUGCCAGUGCCCGUCGCCAGGGUUACGGCUGGCGCCAGAUGGCAGGACCUGCAUGGACGUGGACGAGUGCGCCGCCGGCAGACCGGUGUGCCCGAGGUUCAGAAAGUGCGUCAACACCUUCGGGAGCUAUGUCUGCAAGUGCCACGACGGCUUCGAGCUGCGAUACGUCAAGGGGAAAUACCAGUGCAACGAUGUGAACGAGUGCGUCUCCACCCAGCCCCCGUGCGGGAGCUUCUCCGUGUGCUACAACACGCCGGGCUCCUACAAAUGCAAGUGCAAGGAGGGCUACCGUGGGUCAGGCCACGACUGCAAAGCCAUUCCCAAAGUGACUAUUGAACCCCCCUGGCCGGGAAAAGGAAAAACCCCAACGUCCAACGUCUCCCUUGGCAACAGAAUCCCAGAAUACGAUCCCAGGACCACCACCGUUACCACGACAACUACCACAGUGAGGGCGCCAGUAACUGCCAGGAGGCCCAGACCGACCACAGCAGUGACUGUGCCACCCAAGAGGGCGACCCCUCGACCCACCCCCGCCCACAGACCGCACAUCACCCCGUACAGGGCGCCCGCAGCCCCCCCCAGGCACAAGCCCGCACCUCCGACUCACCGCCCCCCCACCACCGCCACGCCCGUACAGGAGGCCCCCUCAACCACCGCUCGCCGACCUCCCGUCCCAGAGGUCACGACCCCGGACGACAGCUCCCACAACGAGAUCACGCAGAAGCCCAGAGGCGACGUGCACAUUCCUCGCAAGCAUGGGGACAGCAAUGUUUUGGAUAUCAAUUUCGAUAUUGAACUGGGAAACGUCGCAGAAGCACUGAAAGAUGACUCAGAUGCCAGUUCUCUAAGCUGUACUUUUGAUAACGGCAUGUGCGGCUGGAUCAGAGACGGCGACGGCGACUUGCACUGGGAAACAGCACCAGAUCCUGCAGGCGGGAAAUAUCUGACGAUCCCCGAGGUGGGGGGCAAGAGGAGCGGACGCGGGGCGCGCCUGGUCCUCCCGCUGAGCAAGGCCUGGAAUUCGGGGAACCUGUGCCUCUCCUUCCGGCACAAGCUGUCGGGACACCGCGUGGGUGCGCUGCAGGUGUUCGCCCAGAGGGGGGGGCAGGACAGCCCGGCCGUUUGGGGCAGGACGGGGGGGCAAGGCUGGAGGCACACCCAGAUCACGCUGUGGGACGCGGCGCUGGAGAGCGUGAUCUUGAAGGGCGAGCGCAGAAAAGGUCGCAGUGGAGAGAUGUUGGUGGAUGACCUCAGUCUGAUGAAAGGCUCCUGCUCUGAGGAGCACAAUCUGAGGAGACUUUAACAGAGCGGCCGGGAGACGUUCGAGCAGUCGGAUGCACCCGCCUCCCCUCCCCUCUCCAGAAGAGUCCUGAAAGGCCAGCGAAAAAAGUCUGGGGAAGGAACUCUGAAGAAGAGCGUGACUUUGAACGCAGGCAAGGUGUUCCAGCAGUCUUUCUUCCCCCCCCCGUUCGGUUCUUCUCAUCCGUUUCCUGUGCAUGCCGUCCCUGCGCAGAGCAUCGCAUUCCUGGCGUGGAGCGCUAAGCGCGCUCGCUCACGCAGUCAGGAGGCCUCCUUUCAGGCACGCAGAACCGCUGACUUUCUCGCUGGCAUCGUGGGGAUGCUCUGGCUCUGUGCUUUUUCACCUCACAAAAAAAAAAUCUUGUUACAUUACUACCCCUUUGAACAGUAGGUUUUUUGGAAUGUUUUUGUUUUCUUUUUUCAAAAUUCACAGUCAGUGUUCCAGAACCCCAUUUCUUUCAGUUAACAGCAGUGAUUGUCACAUCGGCGUUAGAAUGCUCAGUUAAGAACAUUCUAAUUGCAUUUUUGUGGUCUUACACCUUAAAGGGUUAAAAGGGCGUAUCUGUGAUGAUGUCAUGCUCAGCCCUCCAAUCAGUUUAGACACCGGUUUGGAAAUGCUUAAUUUUAAGAGUCCCUUUGUGGAACCAUAUCUAAAAAAAUGUAAAAAUGAAUUUAUGGAUUUAAAUAUUCUAAAUAAGUAGCACAGGCAUUAAGUAAUAAUAUACAAUAAAUGCCGUCUAAGCCAUAAGUACGUAAAACCUGUUUAUCAAGUUAUUAUUGACUAACGCAGCCAACUUAAUUAUCCUUUUAUAAAAGAUUAUUUAUUUUUUACUAUUUAGGAUGCAGUUCAGGACCCAGUUUGUUUUGUAUUUAAAUGUCUAUUUAUUUGAAAGUAAACAAAAGUAUCUUAUCCGUGAGCCUUGAUUUUUCGCUUUAUUUUUCUAUUGCACAAACCCAUGCCUGCUUUUACCAGUGGAAAAUCAGUAUGGUGAACACACACACAAAUCUAGGACAUUGUUCACUACCCAGUUGCCUAUAGGUAUAAUGUCACAGAGUUAUUAUAGUGUAGGUGUAAUAUUACAUCUCAGUAAUAUUACAUCUUCUCCAACUGUCUUAGUUUUCUUUUGUGCAGAUCAGCAGGCACUGUUUUCUCCUCAUCCUCUGAAUAAAUAAAUAAAUAAAUACAUUCAAAUCUCCACUCAGACCACAUUAUACAUUUUCGCUCCUGAGGCACAUAGUAUUUCACUUUUCCGGACAUUUUCAGCACACUGAAGUAGUUUCACACGCUUAAAACACUGCAGAGGUGAGCUAUGACACCUUUUGAGAUGUGAUAUGCUGCCAUUAUUUUUUUUUUUUCCUUCUCAACCUGUCAUCACCUAUACCUUAUUUUUUAGUUCAUUAAGUUUUCAAUCAAUGUCUAAUUCGGACAGGUGACGAAAAUGGCUGAAUGAGCAUUGCCAUUGUGGAAUAACCAAUGUGCUAUGUGCUGUGGUCUUAAUGGUGCUGUUUGUUGAUGAUGAUGAUUAUGAUGACGAUGUUGAUGGAUUAUUUUCAUUAUGUAUACCAUAAAGUGUAUUACUGGAAA